AUGAAGGUGGCCCUUCUUCUGCAGGCUGAGCUGGCGAUUCUUCAGCCUGUGACUCCUCAGCUAGUGAUCUCGCAGCUGGUGAUUCUUCAACUGGUGCCUCAUCCACUGGUGGUGCAUCAGUUGGCACGGACUCAACCCAAUGUCCCACCCGUGAUUCAGUUACUCCACGAGAACUUUUCUUCGAGCUCUUGUGCUUAUGCCUAUGUCCAUGUCCGUGCGAUCUUGGCUUCCCACUGGCUUCUUUCUGGGGCUCGGCCAAGAAUCAGCGCAGCAAAAAAGGGUAACGAAAAAAGGUGGCUUGCUAGGACGAUGUAUGUCACUACCACCACUAUGGCGGCCCCUCCUACUUUUAUGGCCAUGACUCUUGCUAUGAUGACUCUUGCUAUGUCGACUUUUGUGGUGCUUGCUGCUCCUCGGCUGGGAGCCUUCGCCAGACACAGUGGUCAUGGCUGUCGAAUACCGGCGUUUGGUUGA